CGGAGGCGCGCAAGGUCCCGACAUGCUCCGUCUCGCCGUUGGGAGUCGGGAAGGACGAUACGGACCAGGUUCUUGCGGCGAUCGAGAAGUGCGGGCAGGGCGGACAUGUGACGCUCGAAGAAGGCUCCUUCAACAUCACACGGAAGAUGACAUGGAACCUGGCCGGCUCGACGGUCGAUUUGUACGGCUCUCUCAGUUUCGUUCCGGAUAUCGACUACUGGCUCAACGCGAACAACACCUACCGCGUCGUCUUCAUCCAGAGUCAGGCGUCGUGGUUCGUAGUCACCGGGCACGACUUUGUCAUCGACGCGCACAACGUCGGUGGGAUCCACGGGAACGGGCAGCCCUGGUGGAACCACUUCACCAGCGUUCCGCGGCUCGAUGGCGACGGGCGGCCCAUUUCCUUUACAGUCUACCAAGCCCAGCACGCCAAGAUCCGCAACUUCCGCAUCGAGUCGCCGCCGUUCUGGUGCAACACGGUCGCCGAGUCCAAGGAUGUGAUUUACGACGGGAUGCUGUGCAAUGCCACAAACACGAACGCGACGUUUUUCGGGACCAACAUCGUCCCCAACACGGACGGAAUCGACACCUACCGGAGCGACAACGUCUCGCUGUUGAAUUGGGAUGUCACGUGUGGAGAUGACUGCCUCGCGGUCAAAGGCAACACGACCAAUCUCACUGUCAAGAACGUUGUCUGCCGGGGCGGAAACGGGGUCGCGUUCGGGUCGUUGGCUCAGUAUGUGAACCUUACGGAUAUCGUUGACACUGUUCAUAUGGAAAACAUCACCAUGACCCGAAUCAACACCACCAUCCAACCGAACAUGAAGAACGGGAUCUACUUCAAAUCGUGGGACGGGACGGUCAACGGUGCACCUCCAACAGGUGGAGGUGGAGCCCCCGGCUACGCCACGAACAUAGUCACCCGGGAUAUCGUCCUCGAUCGCGUCGACCGACCCAUGACCAUCUCCCAGACCAACGGCGGUCACAGCGGAGACCGACCGUCUAUUUUUAAAUUCGGGAACAUCUCGUUCGAGAACUGGUCCGGCACUGCGCUGUCGAGCACAGUCGUUGCGCUGGAGUGUAGCUCCGCCGUGAAUUGCACGAACAUCCACUUCUCAGCGUUCAAUGUGUCUCUGCCAGCGGGUGUCACCCCGAAAAACAUCUGCCAGAAUGCCGUGAACGUGACGGGGUUGAAUGUAUGUCCGUGAACUUGACAACGCUUCCUUUGUCACGGGCACCAUGAGUAGCAGAGGCGAACCGGAGAGAUAGGACGAGGAAAAAUAUUGAUACUUCUUUGUGCAGAAUCAAUGAAUCCCUGGAUUUAUACGCAAUGUGAAUACAGAAUGAAUUACAAAAUUUGUGUGAAGUCUCCUCACAUCUUCGAAAAACUCGUUCAACCGCUGUCUAAUUCAAGUUAAGCCUUGCGUGGGAAACCUGCCAUCCGGCGAUCUGGCCGGGGAUCAUCGUCUGCUAAAAUGAAAAUUCUCGCUAAAUCCUUGGCGAAAAGCGUGACUCGAAUCCAGGCCUAUCUCCUGGGUACUUAUGUACACAAACUCCAAGCGGGGUCACAAGGUCAUUAUGUCCAGGCUCGCCGCUCAUGACCCCCCCUUCCUCCCGACCCUCUUCGGCACUUCCGCACACGAAACGCACGGCAGCAGUUGCCAGAAUCACAGGCCAGCGAUCUGUCGUUUGCUGGCCUUAUACUAGCUCCGAGUCGGAGUUGGAAGUCGUCUGCAUCGCCCGCCUGACCCAGUUUCUCCGAUGAAGCCACCCACUAUUCGCAACCCGGCGGCACCGUGUGUCAUUCGCGUGCCGAUAAGCGUCUAGGCGUCUCUGUAUAAAACCCACCCAUCGCGUCGACCCGGAGGACUCCCCACUACUCUCGAAAGCCAUGCGGCGCGUCUCCCUGCUCGUCCUGCUCGUCGGCCUCGCGGUGCGCGGGCAAGACGUCCCCGUGUACACCGACGCCGCGCUCGCCGCGCAGUGGGAGAACUGGUCCUGGGGCAGCACGAUCGACUUCGCCGCGACGGACCUGCGCGCGGGCGCGGCGGGCAGCAGCAUCAGCGUGAGCUCCGGCGCGUACAGCGCGCUCUCGGUCAAGUACGACGGCGGGCUGCUCGGUGGGUAUGCGGGGAUGAAGUUUGAUAUCGCGGGGAGUAACCCCGAUUUGACGAUAUCGCUGUCGUCUACUGCGGACGGGACGACGUCCCCGAGCAUCCCGCUGUCGGCGCUGAGCACCGCGGUCAACGCCACGGCCUUCACCACGCUGUUGAUCAACUUCAAGGAUCUCCCUGGCACGGGAACGGCUUUGCCCAACGGAACCUGGGAUCGGAUUACCUUCCAGUCGGGUGGCGAGACGACCACAGCGUACCAUCUCGACAACGUCGUCAUCGUGCAGCAGAUCGUUGUGACCCCCGAGAUUCUCUCGGCCGAGCCUCUCGCCGAAAACAUCAUUGCGGUCACGUCGCAGGGGGCGGUCGACUUUUCCAAGAUUGCCGUCCAGCUGAACGGCAAGUCGGUCCGUGUCUCGAACAGCACGAGCUACGUCCCCGUCGGCUCACCGUCGAAACUCAUCACCUACCUCACUCUGGCGUCGAACUUCGCGCCGGGCGCACUGGUCAUCACGAGCCCCACGCUCUCGAUCAACUACACGCUGCCCGCCGCGCAGUCGAUGGCCAUCGACAAAACCAAGUCGACGCCCAUCUCGCCCCUCAUCUACGGCGUCAACUUCCCCGUCUCCGCGUCGUACAUCCAGGACCUCGGCGUGACGAUCAGCCGCUGGGGCGGCAACGCGGUGACCGCGUACAACCCGGCCGGGCAGUUCACCAACGCGGGAAACGACUGGUACUUCGAGAACCGGGUCGCCUCGCCGCCGGAUGCGGAUGCGUGGAUGGGCUGGGUCGGCGGCGCGGGGAGCGGCAGUUUGUUGACCGUCCCGGCGCUGGACUGGGUCGCCAAGGACGCCACGUCGUACUCGUAUCCCGUCUCCGUCUACGGCAACCAGAGCUCCCACGACCCGUACAACGCCAAUGCCGGAUCGGGUCUGUACGCGAACGGGUCCUACGUGACGCCCACGCCCAGCCAGACCAACGCCUACACGCCGUGGAGUGUCUCGCAGGCCGUGACGUGGCUGCAGGGACUCACGCACAAGCCGACGCUCAUCUCGAUCGACAACGAGAUCGAGAUUACCAGCAACACGCACCAGGACAUGCACCCCAACCCGAUGGGAUACGACGAGGAGCUGGCGCGGAUGCUGAACUACUCCCUGGCGAUCAAGACCGCGCUCCCGAACACGCAGAUCGCUAUGCCCUCGACCUGUGCCUGGUGGUAUUACUGGACGAGCUCGAUCGGCUACACGGACAACGCCGCGCACAACAACACGGACUUCAUCCCGUGGUUCCUGCAGCAGAUGGCCGCGGCGGAGAAGACGCACGGGAAGCGGCUGCUGGACUACCUCGACCUGCACUACUACUUUGCGCCCGACGUCAGCGCGAACGACGCGGCGGCGAAGGCGCUGCGGCUGCGCAUGUCGCGAUCGCUCUGGGACACGACGUACGUGGACGAGUCGUGGAUCGGACAGCCCGGGCAGCAGAACCACCAGCCCGCCCCGACCAUCGUGCAGCUCAUCCCGCGCAUGAAGGCGCUCAUCAACCAGUACUACCCCGGCACGAAGCUCUCACUGUCCGAGUUCGACUCGACGCUCGACACGGACAUCACCGGCGGGCUGCUCACGGUGGACAUGCUCGGCAUCUUCGGCCGGUCCGGGCUCGACAGCGCGACCUACUGGGCGACGCCGGACGAGAACGGCCCCGUCGGGCUGGCGUACUGGCUCUUCCGCGGGUUCGGGACGUUCUUCGGCGCCUCUACCGCGCAGGUCACGCUCUCCACGCCCAACCCGGACACCCAGGGCGUCUUCGCCGCGACGGACAAGAACGGGACGCUCUCGCUCGUCGUCGUGAACAAGAACCCGCAGGUGCCGGUGAGCUUUGCGGUGCAGAAGAUGCCCGCGGGGACGUACUUUGUGCGCCACUUUGGCGGCGCGGCGGGCGUGGCCAAGUGGCAGGGCCAGGUGCACAUCAAGACGGGGUCGUACAUCGUCGUCCCGGCGUACACCGCCGCAUUCUUCAAGCAGAUGUAGUAAUCCAAUGUAAUUUGUCGCAUAGCCCCGAAUCUCCUACGAAAUAUAUCCCUAGCAACAGCAUGAAGCCCCGUUAUCUGAGCAUUGAACCAAUAUGUAGAUCCUGAUGGCCACUUUUCAGAACCCAAUGAAAUCAAGAUCGCACCGCCGGCCCUUGCGCGGCCCCGUCACCCGACCCAUCACACAAACCGCGCCACACCGAGUCGUCGUUGCGAAUGUAGCGCGCGUCGACCUGGUCGGUCGCGUACUCGAGCGCGAGGACCAAGCCCCCGCUGAGCCGCGCGCAGAUCUCUGGGCGCCCGGGCAGGUACUCCGUCACGGGCUCCCCGAAGCGGCCUGAGAGGCGGGUCAGCGCUGGCCGGGAGACGACGAACGCCUCGACGUCGUCCGGGCUGGGAGACAGCGUGACGGAUUUGAGGUCGAUCACCUCGAUCGCGGGCAGCAGGGGCGGUGACAGGGACGAGGACGAGGACGAGGACGCUUCCUCCGAGUCCCGCGGCAGCGUCAGCCAGGUGAGCAGGUCCCGCGGCCACUGGUUGCCCGGGUUGUGCUGCACCCCGGUGUGGUAGAUGCCCGUCAGGCCAAAGCGGCCGGUGCGGUUGUCUUCGACGAAACUGAGCUUGCGCAGCGACGCGGGUAGCGCGUACACCACGGCACGCACGCGGUCGCGGUUCAGCGUGCCGACCCGCAGAUCGAAGCCGUCGAGUCUCGUGCACCGCCCGAGGAAGUCCAGCAGCGACGCGGGGAUCGCCCGCGGCGUCGGGCCCGCAAGCUGGUCUGACGGGAGCUGCACGACGAACGACUUGAGCUUCGGUGUGCGCAGAAGACUGAACAGCCUCAGCGGGUGCUCGACCUGCGGAGCAACGUGCGGGCUGAUAUUCGUAAUGACAAGGUCGAGGAACGAGAGGUGCUCGAGCGUCACCUCUGGCAUCACAUCCUCUUGUGACAGAGUGUGAUCGACGAUGAGCAUUUUGAGCGUCCGCAGUUGCGUGCAAUGUGCGAGCAUCUUCAGCACGGUGGAGCCGUCAUACGCUCGGAGGAUCGGGGGAGUCAUGUCGAGCAUGCUUCUACUCUGCCCGAGGAUCUGUGUCGUGACCGAAAGGGUGGUCAACUGCGCCCAGCGGAAAGGCAUCGACUGCAAGAUCAGGCCGUCCACCGUGAUCGUGAACGCGGUGACCUGCGGCCCAUUCACCAGCCGCAGCUUUGGCCAGUCGUUGUACGAGAAAGUCUCAGCGGGUGGCUGCCACAGCGCGUGCUGGUGCAUUUGGUGGUGAUUCAUAGCAGCGAUUGUGAGUGCGUUGAACGGUGGUCCACCAGCGGGAGGAAAUGGAAGAUUGGGGGCAGGCACAUGAGCCAAAGCUGCAGCCCCAACGUUGUGGGGCACCAUUGGGUGGACCGCUGCGACCCCAUGAAGGCCAGGGGGGAGCGCGCCAGGGACGUUCCAUCCGGCAUUCACCCCACCUGCACCUGUCAGCAUCAGCGCCUGGUGCGAGGCCUCCGUCAUCUGCGGGUUGAGGCGCACAGUCCUGAGCAGCGGCACAUCCUCUUCCGUCAGCUGCAAGAGCCGGGUGAGCCCCUCCGCCGUGAGCUUGAAGUCGAUCGUGCGCCAUCGGUGCGCAUAGCGCACGAGCUCCUCGACGAGCGUCCCAGGUGACUGGCGCGAGCUCUGGGGGACGUCGAGCGACAGAUGCAGCGGGCAGUCCCCGGAGCGCCCGAGGAACUCGUGCAGCCCCAGCACGCGCUGCCGGAGCUUCGCCUCGACCUGCUGCCGCAGGAUCUUCUCCUGCGCCGCGGAGUCGGGGAGCCGCCCAUACGCGUCGAGCCGGCCGUGGAUCACGCGGUCGCCGACGGGGUGCACGACGUGCAGCCGGGUCCACAGCCGCGGCGUCGUCAGCGCGAGGGCGCGCCACGCGCUCGAGACGCGGCCGAGCAGCAGCGGCGCGUCGCCCGCGCUCAUCGCGCUGUUGCGCUUGUCUGGCAGACACGCGAGGAAGAUCUCGCGCACGAGGUCGUCGGGCAGCCGGCGCAUCGGCGAGCGCAGCGCCGUGUGCGCGUCGAUGUAGGCGGACAGGCCCUCCUGCUCCGCCUCGAGCGCGGCGAGCGACAGCCGGAGCUCGGCCGCUUUCGAUGUGAGCGCCGCGAGAUCGGCUCUGGGGCCUGCGAGGAAGGCUGAGAGGGUGGUGAGCUCGUCGUCGGUGGGGACGUAGUUCGUGCCCAGCUGGCUCCCGAACGGCGAGGGUUGCGUCAUUGUCGUCGUUCAGAGAGAAGAGACGGGUGGUAAUCGAUUCGAUCACAUGCCAGUUCCAUACCGCGUAGCGACGGGUUGGUCCAGGAAAGAGAGGUGGCGUGGGGCCAG